AUGGGGAAUCGGCCUCCAUCACCUCGUCCUCAGCCUCCCCCUCAGCCGGCUCCCCCUCCUCCACCGUCUCCACUUUUAAGAACUCCAUGGAGAGACACAACAUGGGGAGGUGAAAAUAAACAGGAACUUCUGCAGUACAUGAAGAAUUUUCAACCUCAAAAUGAAGAAGUCGAAGCCAUCAGAGUUUUGCUCCACGGCCCAGUUGGUGCAGGAAAGUCCAGCUUCAUCAACUCCGUCAAAAACGUCCUGCAAGGGAGGAUGACCAAUGAAGCUGAGGCCAGUGCUACAACCUCUGAUCAAAGUCAUACAAAAAUCUAUAAAACCUAUAAAAUCAAGAAAGAAGGCAGGGGAAACUUUUAUCCCUUUGUGUUCAAUGACGUCAUGGGUCUGGAGGAAAAAACUGGAGUCAGAGCAGACGACAUCAAACUGGCCUUGAAGGGUCAUGUGAAGGAUGGAUAUAAGUUCAAUCCUAUAUCUUCACUUUCUGAUAAUGAUCUUGGCUACAACUUUUCCCCGUCCAUCAGUGACAGAGUUCAUGUUCUGGUCUGCAUUUAUGACGCUAAUGCAGUACAAAUGAAGCCGUCUGUUUUACAGAAAAUGAGGGAAAUCAGAGAAGCAGCCAGUGAGCUGGGAAUCCCUCAGCUGGCGAUUCUCACCCACAUUGACUCAGCUUGUGGGGAAACAGAUAUAAAUCUGAGAAACGUCUACAAGAGCAAACAUUUAAAGAAAAAGGUGGGUGACUUCAGCUCCAGUCUGGGGAUCCCACUGAACUGCAUCCUCCUAAUGAAGAACUACAGUCAUGAAACUCAACUGAAUUCAGACGUCGACACUCUGAUCCUGAAUGCCCUGAAACUGAUGGUCGACUUUGGAGACGACUACGCCGACAAACUGUGAAGCAGCAGAACAGUUUGUGGGGAUUUGCAUGAAAAUCACAGCAGUAAUACAGUUCAUAUCAGUGAAAAAUUAUGAGGUGAAAUAUAGGGCUAAUAUUAAAUAAAUAUUUAAAAAAACAAACAAAAAAACAAAACAAAAAAAACAUCAGUUUGAUUAUAGUAAGUUUGUUUUUUCUUUAAGUUGGUUCAAUUUAAAACAUCAAUCUGGUGUAAAUGUCAGAUGUUGCAGCAGACAACAAAAUGAUUGAAGAAAUAAAGAUGAUGUUGGUCAACAAAGGAGUAGAACAAGGACAAGGCAUUAGAUCAGGUAGAGGAAGAGGAGUUUUGUAGCAUUCAUCAAACUUUCCUGUUAGUUUAAAAUUGCUAAAGACAUUCAUUACAACUUAAGAAACCUUAAUGAAAGUUGCUUUCUGUGAUAGAGAUUCAGAGUCAAACAUCUGUGUCCUGAGUGAGUAGAGGCAUGUGUUGCAUUAUUAUUAUUGCUGUAAGCACUACUUAUAGCAAAAAUAAUGUCUCACUUGAAAAUAUUUUCUUCUGCUAUUACUAUAAGUUGUGUUAAAAUAGACCUUAACUUUUAUUAUUUU